AAAGCUUUUAUUUCAGUUAAUUGAUGAUUUCUUGCUUACCGUUUAUGUAAACAUGGCAUUUAAGAUUAAAAUCAGAAAAAUAAAAACCGUUUUAAAGCAUCAAUAUGAAGGUGAGUGGGAGGCUGUGAUUCUUAAACGGUAUUUUAAUGUUUGUGUCCCGCAGCGAGGACGGGUUGGUGAAGACAUGAGCCAGAACUGAUGGAGUCUCUGAACGCCGUGGAGCUCCGGGAGCUGCAGCGCCGCGGCGGCUCGGCCAGCGGGGGGCGCUGCGCCGCCGGAGGCUUCGAGAACGUCUCCUACCAGCAGGACGAGGAGUCGGACGAGCCGGGACCGGCUGCGACCCGCGUCUGUCCACCCAGAACCAGCACGCUGCAGGUUUCUCCAGAGUCGUGUGACGAUGAGGACGGCGGCGCCGCCAGAGGAGGAGGAGGUGAUGAAGGUGUGGGCCUGGCGGCGCCGGGCCCGGCUGAUGGCCGCUCUGCGGACCUGGGCUUCGUGGUGGCGCUGGUUCUGCUGGUGAGCGGCAUCGUGCUGGUGGCGGUGGCUUACACCGUCCCCCGGGACGCCGGCGUGGAUCCGGACUCGGUGUCGGCCCGGCAGAUGGAGAAGCUGGAACUGCACUACGCCCGGCUGGGCUCGCACCUGGACAGGUGCAUCAUCGCCGGGCUGGGCCUGCUGACGCUGGGAGGGAUGUUCCUGUCCGUCCUGCUCAUGGUCUCCAUCUGCCGGGGCGAGAUGUACCGCCGCCGCGCCGCCUUCGUUCGGCCCAAAAGGACCUACGGCUCCAUCAACCUGAGGAUGAAGCAGCUGGCGACAGGAGAGGCGGAUGGAGACGGGGUGGAGCGGGUUCUGGUGGAAAACACACAACCAGGGUCCAGCCAGGACCAGAACUCAGAACCAGAACCGAGCAGAACGCCAGCUGCUGCUUCAGCUGCAUGUGGAGUUUAGUCAGAAUUGAUCCGGUUGGAUUCGGUUUGGUCCAGUUGGAUCCCAGCCGACAGAAGCCAAGCAAUCAGACGGCUUUGUGACGUUGGCAGACAGGAAGUGGAGCGGUAAGGCCCGGUGGACAGAACUCAUCUGGAGGUUAUUAAAGAUCAGAAUCACUGAAACAAUUCACCGCAAACUAAAAUACUCAACCAGUAUUUUAGUUUUUAGUCCAAAUACUCUAAUUUACUUGCAAUAAGACAAAACUAUCGUACUUUUUAGCUCCAUGUAGCAGUUUGUUUUCAGGAAUUAAUCUUGGAACAUUAAUUUUAAAUACAUUUUUUCUCCUCCAGCUAAUUUCUUUACUUAUGUAACUUUUUAAUCAAUAUUAAGGAAUCAUUGACUUAAAACAAACUUCUUGCUGAAGAUUUACUUGUAAGUUGGUUUUGUCUUAUUUCCAGUAUUUUAAGAUAUUUGCACUAGAAACUGAACUAAAAUACUUGGUAAGAUUUUGUGUUUUUGCAGUGUAAUAAUUCCUGCUGUUUUAAUCCUAUUAAAGCUAUAAAAAGCACAUUAUUUAGAAACAGAAAUCAGGAAUAAUAUUUUAGUUUCAGACCAGAUACACUUCAGUCACAUUUUAAUUAUAGACAGAAUAUACAUUUAAUUAUUAUAAUUAAUAAAAUAAAAUAAGACAGAGAGAUUUGUUGCUUGUUCUUAAACAGAGGCAACAUUUAUUUAUUUAAGCUUCAGCCAUAAAAUAAAAACCAGGUAGAAAUUAAAACCACAAACCCGACAUGAACCCAAUAAACCAUGAAAUGUUCAGUUAUAAACUAUAACUGAAUAAAAAUAUGGAAAUUAGCUUCAGGUCUCUUGGAAAUGUCAGAUUUUUCACAGCCAGCCUGAGGCAUAAGCAAAGACUUUUAUAUUCGUUUCUGUUUCUCACUGUGAGAAAGUUUCCUCUGGAUGCUAACCGCUAAGUGUUAGCUUCACAAUAUAACCUAGAUACUAACCGCUAAACAUUAGCUUCACAAUAUAACCUGGAUACUAACCACUAAAAGUUAGCUUCACAAUAUAACCUGGAUGCUAAGAGUUAGCUUCACAAUAUAACCUGGACGCUAAGAGUUAGCUUCACAAUAUAACCUGGACGCUAAGCGUUAGCUUCACAAUAUAACCUGGAUGCUAACCGGAAAACGUUAGCUUCCUAAUAUAACUUGACAGACGCAGCUGAGGCUAUAAACACAAAAUAUGGAAAAGAAAAAAAAAACAUCAACAUAAACUGUUGAUGUUUUAAAAUGUUUGUAGUUUUUAAUUGAAGAUGCUCAAAUUUAAUCAUCAUUCAAACUAAACCUGGAUCUUCUAGCCUUUUUUACUGAUAUUUUAUCAUAUUUACAUUAAAAUUUUAAAAUAAUUUUCAGUUUUCAUGUGAACGUUGUUUAUUAAACCAAAAAGAAAUGAAAAAUAAAACAAACAUUAAAAGAGUUCCAGAUAGAAUCUGAGCUUGAAUGCAGUUUGAUUUUUAUGAAAAUGUUAAAGUUUUAAGAAAAACAAAAUAAAGAGCCAGAGUGUCGUCGUUUGGACAGAAGCUGCUUUAACCUUUAAUAAUGUUUGGUUUUCUGCUGUAUUAAAUAUGAACUGAUGGUAUUAAUGUCAAAACGCUGCAAUAUGCCUUAAGCAGAACACACUGCUGUGUGAACAAAUAUUACGCUAAUGUAACCCAGUGUGUGUUGAACCAGUUAGCCAAGGGUAGUGCAGACACACACACACGCCUACACACACACACACACACACACACACACACACUGUUUGCUGUAAUCUUCACAGUUUUAAUUCAUAAUCAAGUUUAACCUUCACAGCCAAUAUCUGGAUCAAUAAUCUGAUUGAUGAACUGAUGGAUUAAGAUUAUAAUCUCUGAUUUUCUUUUCUAAAUAAGAAAUUAGAAAUGACAAAAGUUAAUUUCAAAAAUUGGAUUUUAUUUCAGUCGUCUGUUCCUGUGCGGAGCGUUGAUAUUACCGCCGUAAUAUUAGCAGAAUAAAAACAAAAAGUUAUUUUUAUGAAAAAAGACUCUGAUAAUUCAACUUAUUAAUUUAAUUCUUUAAAUUAAACUCAGUUUGUCCAAUCGUUUCAAAGUCUGAUAAUUGAUGCUGAUGUUAAAAGUGGGCGACUGUGGCUCUUUGGUAGAGUAGUCGUCUUGCGAUCGCAAGGUUGUAGGUUUGAUUCCAGCUUCCUCCUGCCACAUGUCGAUGUGCCUCUGGGCAAGGCACUUAACCCCAAAUUGCCUACCGAUACACAGAUCGGUGUUUGUGAGUGCGACUGGGUGAAUGUGACUCUAAUGUAAAGAGCUUUGACUGGUCAAAAUGACUCGAAAAGCGCUAUAUAAGUUCAGUCCAUUUACCAUUUUAAAAGACAAAGUAUUUCAGUUAAAAUAUUAAAUAAAAUUUUCUUAAAGCACUUUGUAUUGCGUUGUUGCUGAAAAUGUGCUUCAUAAAUAAAAUUACCUUUACCUUUUAAAAAACACAAAAUUACUUAAGGUGAUUAAGUAAUCACCUUAAGUUAGAUUUUGUGUUUUUACAGUGCACAGCAGCACAUUUCUAUAUGAAAAUAUUGAGCCUAAAAUGAGCCGUUAAAUGAUAAUUUGUUGGUUUGGACAGACAGUGGAGAAGUGGUUUUUCUGCAGCUCUGCUUUGUUUUCCUCAGACAAACAAACUAUGAAGUGGAGUCUGGAGCAUGGCGUGAUGGGCGCAGUCCGCGGCGGGGGCAGCGCGCGGCAGGCGCCAUGUUUACCGUACUGUUCUCCUUUACGGUAAACAUGGCCGCUUUACUGUAAACAUGGCCGCUUUACGGUAAACUGCGUUGCUUUACGGUAAACUGCACCGCUUUGUGCAGAGAUGUGACAUGGAGCUUUUCACUCUGCACUCAGAACCCAUUGUACUUUAACCCCUGUUACACCGGUGCGUCUAAAUAAAGGGUGUCCAAGGUUAUGUGAAGUUCAGUUAUUGUCAGAUUUAUUUCAUACCUGCAGUCAGAUGUUUCAAACAUUUAUUACUGUAAAAUUUCAAGGUUAUGGCUUACAGUUAAUGAAACAAAAAAUAUCAACUAAAGACUGAUUUCUUUAAAAGUCCCUUUUUAUACAGGGACAUAAGAGGCAUGCGAUAAUGUAUUAUCAUCCCUGUGGAUUUCAUUUUUCCUUCCACUUAACUUUCCAGUAACAUUUCGACAGACGGCUUGUUUAGGCUUAAACAAGCUGUUGAGGAUUUCCUCUGCUUAUGGAAAGAAAAACAUGGCCUGACAUCAUUUUUCUGCAAUAAAAAUAUUUUUUUAAUCAUCACCUUAUCAAACUAAUGGCAUAUUCUGAGAAUCUGAAUGUUGAAUAUUUAAGUCAGAAUCAUAAAAAUGCUGUUAAAAAUCGAGAUGUUUCAGUUUUUGAAUUACAUCACUGAAAUAAUAUCACAUUCCGGUUUUAAUUUAUUCAGAUUCAGUUAAAUGGAUAAAAAUUCUGAUCAAAUUCAAGCAGCUGCCUUCAAAAUAAAAGCAUAAAAACAAAAGCAUUAGAGGCUUUGAGUUAAGAUUUUUUAACACCCGACCAACCAUAAAUAUAUUUAUUAAAAUUUAAACAUACAUCACUCAGUUUACACCAUAAUCUGACUUUACAAAAGCAGAUUUAAAAGUCUGAAUUGUACAAAAAGAAUUAAAAUAAUGUUAACAUAAAACCUAGAUAUUGAACUAUUAAUAUAUUACAGUGGAUAAAACAUUUAGCACAACUCAUUUAUAUGAAAUAUAUCUGAUUUAAUUUAUUAACUACCAUAAACAAAAUACUCUAUACAAUAAAACAUAUUAACAGAAACUUCUGGUUUUUAAUUUAACUUUUAAUUAAAGGAGGAAACAAAAACACUUUAUUAAAUUAGAACUGAAAGAUAUAAAAUCUGGUAAAAAGUUUAUUGGUUAAUGAUCUAAAUUAACCACAAAAUUAUCAUAAGAAGAAAAGUUUUUUAAUUAGCACAUUAGCCACUAUUUAAAGUCUUUUUAUAAAUGCAUGAUUUGAUUUUUUCCUUUUUCUGAUUCUGAUGCCACAUUUCCAAACCUCUGAAGGAUUUUUGUGAUUUUAUUUUUAUUUUGUGGUCACAACCAGACGUCUGAUUUGUUUGCUGUACGGAAAGCACAGAAAGGUUGAGUUGAAUUUAUUUUUUAAGUGUUACUGAGUGAAGCUUCCUUCCUGUAAAUAGUAUAUCCUGUCUGUAACAUGAUUUCUACGUCUGAUUCUGUUCAAGUGAAAAUAAAGUUUGUUUUUCUGUUUCAUUAUCCAGACGGUUCCUCUCUGAACUUUAUUUCAUUUUCAGUGUCGAUCAAAAUGGAAAACAGCUCAGAAGAGAAAUCAUAAAAACAACAGGGGAAACUUUAGUUUUAAUCAGAUCCAAGAAACAAAGCAAAGCACUGCUUCAGGGGCGGUCCCGUGGUCAACGGAGCCCGGGGCAGCUUCUGCCCCCCAAAGCCACCCAGCAGGGGGCGGCAACUAUAUUUUCUAUAUUUUAGAUGUGCUCUAUGGAAAAAUCUACAAUGAUCCAGAUUUUAUGUGAUUAAUUUGGAUUUUCCUUCCACAGAAAAUCCAUGAAUGAAUGAAAGCGUUGAUACAGUCGAAGGUUUGAAGUAUAAAACUCGUUUAGCACUCAGAUAACUUGAUCUCUUUUAUAAGGUUUUGUGACUCUAGUGGCCUUUAUUUUAAAGUAGUUCAACAGGAAAGAGGGUAAUGAGAGACAUGUGGCUAAUGUUGCCAGGCCGGGAAUCGAACCUGCGACCACCACCACGAGGACAUAGGGCCUCCAUAAGCGGGUCGGGCUUUGCCCCUGCGCCACCACAGCGCCCCAACUUUAUGUCUUUACCAGGUUUUAGUGCACAGCCGUUUUCCCAUGUUCUGAUGCUGCCCUGGGCAACCGCCCAGACGUCCUACAUCAAAAUCCAGGUCAGUCCAGAUAUUCAGAUAUUCAGGAAGUUGAGGAACCAAACAGGAAGAGGAAGUUAAACCAGACAAUGCUGCGGUCCAAACCAAAAUAAUCAGAUUACACAAAAAUAUGAAAACGGCAGCAACUUUUAAACCAUGACACAAAAAUUAGAGACGCAUCUGAAUUUAAUGAAAAAAUAGAUUAAACAUCUCAACUUUUUUUAAAAUAUACUUAAUAAAUUUAAAAUGUUUGAAGUUUCUUUGACUCUGCUCCUCAUCAGUUUUCAGAUGAUGAUGUCAUGAUGAUGUCACCGUUUCUGUGGCGCUGACUGAAUCGUCAGGGAGGUAGAAACCGCAGAGGAUUAUCUUAAAUGUGAAACUGGCGCAGUGACGUUUAAAUAAACAGUUUUUUAUGUUAAACGACGAUGUCGAAGUUUUCCUGCAGCUCUGAAGGUAAACGGCAGCCAUGUUGGUAGUCUGCAGGUUGAUUUCAGUCUGAAAGUCUCACUGCAAAAACAAAAUCUAAACAUUUUUGACUAGUUUAUAGAGCAAAUAUCUAAUUAACUUACAGGAAACGUUUCAUACAGCAGCUUGUUUUAGGUAAAAAAUUCAUUAAUGCUGAUUUUUAAAAACUUCUAGCUCCACUGUCAAGUAUGGUGGAGGAUCCAUGAUGCUGCGGGCUGCCUAGGGAACCGGCCAGGUUUAUUUUCUCCACUGAAUUAAAAUGUUUCCCAUGAAAAUGUUGGAGUUUGAUACAAAGCAGCAGAACUAAAACAGUAACAACUUUGCGGUUUUUAUUAGAAUGUCUGGCAGAAAUUAUUAAUCAGCCAUGUUUCAAAAUCAACAACUAAAAACAACAAGCAGCAAAGAUCUGCUUUUCUAAAGAAAUGGAAAUUAUUCCCAAACUUUUCUGUAAGUUAAAAUAAUCCAAACCGGGAGUUUACUCUCUGAGACGUCGCUUUAAUUCACUCAUUUAUCAGCAAGAAGCUCAGAAGAAAGAAAUUAUAGAUAUGUACGUUUAUCAUAACAAGCAGAAAGGUCAAGGGUCAGGGUCAGAUCAGGGUCAAGGGUCAAGGAUCGAUAUGAAUCUGCGCAGAUU